AUGGUAGACGGUAAAUCCAUUGCCCAGAGCCGGCUAGGCCAAGUCAAGGACUUCCUUACACUGAACAAGACCGCUACGACCAUCCCUUUCGACCCCAAUUGCACCAAGUUUCCACAGCGGAAAGACGUUCCACAAGCCCCUUAUGCACCUCCAGGAGUGCCGACGGCUUGGGUAUGGGGCGAAACUGAUUUCGUAGGGCGUCUCAAUCUAUUGACGCCGACGAGGGUUAAGGCUGCCGCGGCAAGCGAAAUCAAGACGGGCGACAUUGUCUCAUUGAAUCUCCCAUUAAAUCAUCCGGAAGUUCCAGCUUUUGCCCGAGAAAGCUUCAAACACGAGAUCAAGACUCUGGCCGAGAAUAUUGCAUACGAUGACAAAUACGAGUUGAACACUCAGAGUGGGACGCAAUGGGACGGGUUCAGACAUUUUGGCUGGAUACCCGCCCCAACCUUCUACAACAACACCCACGGCGAGGACAUUGUCGGUCCCAAAGCGAACCACAAAUGCUCCAUCCACCAUUGGUCAGACCACGGCAUUGCAGGUCGUGGUAUCCUCCUUGACUACCGCUCUUACGCAGAGAAGAAAGGCGUCGCUCUGAAUUCAUACGAAGCGGAUCGCAUAUCAUAUGCAGAGCUCGAGGCUUGCGGAAGAGACCAAGGCAUCGAUAUAAGGCCUCAAGCGCAAGGAGGUGAUAUACAGAUUGGCGACAUGUUGUUCAUCAGAAGCGGCUUCAUCAAAACAUACUACAGCAAGCCGGUAGAGGAAAGGAACCAGCUAGCACUACGACAUCAUGAGCUAGGGGAGAAUGAUGGCCAGCGGUACGCGGGCGUCAAGCAGGAGGAUGCGAUGCUAGACUGGUUACACGAUUGUUACUUUGCCACUGUUGCGGGAGAUAGCCCGACCUUUGAGGCGUGGCCUUCGAAUCAAGAGUAUUACAUCCACGAGUACCUGCUUGCGAUGUGGGGCUGUCCUCUCGGAGAAAUGGUCGACCUCGAAAAGCUGGCGCAGACCUGUAGAGAGAAGAACAGGUGGACUUUCUUCGUUACUAGCGCGGCCGCAAAUGUCCCUGGUGGCGUUGCCUCGCAUGUGAAUGGUACCGCUAUUUUCUAG